AUGGUACAUGAGGCUAAUGACGAAAAACUGAACAAUGAAGUAGAAGUAGUAGGAAGUAGUCUCCUCAAUAUAGAAGUAGAAGUAGAAGUAGUAGGAAGUAGUCUCCUCAAGAUAGAAGUAGAAGUAGAAGUAGUAGGAAGUAGUCUCCUCGAGAUAGAAGUAGAAGUAGAAUUAGUAGGAAGUAGUCUCCUCAAGAUAGAAGUAGAAGUAGAAGUAGUAGGAAGUAGUCUCCUCAAGACAGAAGUAGAAGUAGAAGUAGUAGGAAGUAGUCUCCUCAAGAUAGAAGUAGAAGUAGUAGGAAGUAGUCUCCUCAAGAUAGAAGUAGAAGUAGUAAGAAGUAGUCUCCUCAAAACUUUCUCGCAUAUUCAUUAA